CUCGGCUGGGCAGAGCUCGGCUGGAGCAGCCGCCCGCUGCGCCGAUGGAGCCGCCAGGCUGUGGAUUUCUUUUACUGCUUCUUCAUAUCCUGAGAGCUGUUACUGCACUAGAGGAGAAGACCAUUGUCAGUAAACUUGGAGACAAUGCUACACUAAGUUGCAUUUAUCAAGGAAGAGAAUUUCACUUACAGAAUGUGCGGGUAUAUUGGCAAAUAGCUGAUAGUCAAGAAGAGUGUUUAGUUGUACAUGCACUGAUCUCUGGUCAAGACAACGAAAGUGAAAAGUGUAUUCACUUCAAAAACAGGACUCGGUUAUUCUGGGAUAGACUGGAAAAUGGUGAUUUUUCUUUGCUACUACUAAAUGUCAGCCAGAGUGAUGAACAUACAUACAAAUGUGUGGUACUGCAGACAACUGAAUAUACCAGACUGAUUCACCAGGCAAAAGUGGUUCUCAGUUUAGCAGCUAGUUAUAGCCCACCAGUACUCAGUGGACCGAUAAGAAACAGCAACAGCACUGGAGAAGAGGUGACUUUCAGCUGCAGAUCUGGCAACGGAUACCCGAAGCCUAAUGUCUACUGGAUAAAUAAAACAGACAACAGCCACCUGCUUCCAUCAGGGCUAGAAAUCACCCGCCACACCGAUGGCACCUUCAGUGUUUUUAGCACACUGAGGGUUAAACCCACGUCCAACAUGCAAAUAGAAUGCUCCAUAGAAAAUAAAUUACUGCAGGAAAAUCUGUCAGCCAACUACACACAGCAGAAGCAAAGCAAUGAUUCUAGUACAGAAAGUCACAAAAACCUGGAAAAAAAUGGACGAGGUGCUCAAGCAGCUGGCAUCAUUUCCAUUGUCAUUCUGAUAGGUCUUCUAGCUAUCUUAACCUGCUGGCUGCGGAGACAGAGAUCAUCUAAACUAGUAUCCUACACAGGUGUCCAACCAAAUGAAGACAAAGAAGGAGUCAACUCACCUGUCUAAAUGGAAAGUCUGCCAACAAUUCAGGCAGCUGGAGAUGUAUCAAGAGAAGCAUCACCCCCUCUCUCAGUGGCACCAUUGCUUGUAAUACAAGUGACAGAUUUCUGCAGAGUGUGCCAAAGAGAUGGCAAAAAAGAAGCUUCUCCAAUACAAGAGAGCAAAAUCCACUGGAUUUCUGUUCCAACCCCUGGCUGUGUCCACACAACAGUUGUGCCACCACACCAGCUAACCUCUUUGGACAGUCAUCUGUGAUUGUCAGUAUUUUGAGCUUCUGCACUGGAGAAAGCAGCAAGCCUGGGGUUUAGCUACUCCGUGCCAGAGCACUGGAAGCGGGUGAGUGCCCAGUCUCUCAUCAUCGCUGCCAAGAACUGUUAGUAGCAGAAGCCACUGUGCUUCAGGAGCAUGGAAAGUUCUUGCUAGUUCUCCUUACCGUGACAGUGACUACUGAAUGUAAAGAAUGGCAGCUAAAAAAACCCACCAAACUGAAGGACUCUCUGCAAAGUGAGAUUUGUGGUCUCUUCCACUUUUCUCUCUCUACAGUACAUUCUUUCAUUGUCUGCUUCCACCAGCUGUGUGUUACUGUGUACAGAAUGAGGCAGAACAUUUAGACCCAGUCCUCCAAAAAUGAGAGUUACUAUGCUGAGGUUAAGCACUGGAUGUGUCAGCAUAAGGGAACCUGCAUUCUUUAAAUGCACUUGAUAUCAACAUCUUUUUUUUUACCGAAUAUUCCACUGAAAAAGGAGACUUCCACUUUUAACAGAAGUGCUUCCGUGGUUCAGCCCCAAGUGAGCCAAGAGCAACUGAAUGAAAACAGUAAAAAGUGGUAAACUUUCCUGAUGGCAGGAGGCUUUGAAGGAGGAGGAAUCUCUACUAGCUCUUUUGCCUAUGUGGUGCAGUUUUCCCCAUCUUGUCACAGGGGGACAUGGAGAUGAUGAUUUUUAAACUGAGCCCUGGAAGCACCUGGCUUCUCCUGCACUAGUUGCUAGACUGAAAUUCUACCAUUUUGGUGAUUAAGUCUCAGCCUCGUUUGUCUUAGCUCUGCAUAGGGGAGGCACUCGAGUGUCAACUGUGAGACAGGCCAUUGAUUUGUCAUAUCAAGAUCAGCUUUCAAAUCCUAGCCAAGUGAAAAUAAAUGUGUUGUCCGGUUCUCCCAUCACAAGGAAGCCAAAAGCACUUGGUAACAGCACAGUUGGCUUGUGUUAAAGCAAUACCCCCAAGGAGGCUCCAAGUUGGGUAGCUGUGCACCACCACUGUGACAGUAUCUCGCGGGAGGACUGCACCAGCUUAGCCUCCAUUGCAUGAAGAGAGGGGGUGGUUUAGAUCUCUUGCAAUGCAAGCUGGGGUUUUUCAGAAUUUUGAACAGGAUAGGGAAAUUGGAUAUUUUUAAACAAAACAAAAAAAAAAAAGCCAAGCUGCAACUAAUUAAAUAAGCUCUUGUGUCCUGUUUAGAUUGUUAGUAACUGUGUACAAUUGUGGUUUUUAAAGGCAUUUUUUCCAUUAAUGUAAAAAAGAAGUGUAUUGCGUAUUUGCUAAUCUUGAAUGAUGUCUGAAAAAAUACUGGUUUAUUUAUUAAUUUCACUUUUGUCCCACUGCCUUCCAGUCUACAACUGUAACACACCCCAGCAGGUAGGGCAUUUAGCUCACACUGUUUGUCAGGUAAGAUUACCAAGGUGCCCUGUGUUACUUUGUACGUCAGCCUUUCUUUGUCUUCCCUCAUGUCCAUUCAUCUAGGUGUUAGAUAUUUUCUUGAGUCCAUAUGUAGUCUUCUGUGAACCCUAAAGGGAAUUUGCUUGAAGAACCCAUGCAAGCUUGCAAACACCCUCAACUGUGAACAACAUCUGUGCGGAUGUGAAGGGUAACCAUUUCCUAGUGGUUCAGUAAGAAGUGCUGCAGACUUUUCCUCACUAUCUAUCAUAUGAAGUUGUUUUGCUCAGCCUCUUUGGUGCUGCUGUAACUGACAGAAGCCUUUUCUAAAAGCAGGUUUCCACCUUUGUAUUCUGCAUCUCCAAGAAGCUGUAACUGUUUAGAGAUGUAAGAAGUGACCUAGCAGUCCCUUCACAAUACGUUGUUAAGCUAAUUUAGACUGGUUGGGUUUUCUUACUUCUGGUCUAUUUUACAGGGUGUACUGAAUACAUCUAGGUGCAACAGCCUGCUCUUGCAAAAUCUAUAAUUUUGAUUGGUUUAGAUUUCUAGCUAUUUUUGGAGGCAAGUAAAUCCUAGAUGGCAGUUGUUUAUUAGCAUUCACAGGACUUGGGAAUUAUGUAAUAACAGAGUUUUUGUCAUCACAUACCAUGUUUAUAUUUUAAAUAAAAUCUGUUCAUUCUUC